AUGUUCGGUUAUAUUCCGCAUUUACCGAAGCCAAGAUCAGUUAGUGUCGAUACAUUUACAAUGAGAUUUGCAAUAUUUCAUAAUUUUAUACCGUCGAAAUUGAAAAUACAUGAAAAAUAUGAUUUGAAAGGAUCGUUGAUCGGAAGAAGUGCGACGGAAGAAGAAAUUAAAAAAGAUACACCAACAUACAGAGAUAAUGAUUUUCGUCAAAUUCAUCCAACUGGAUUAACAUUAUCAAAAUCGGUUUAUAAUUUAUAUAAGCAAGUAAUUACAAGAGAUGUUGAAUUUUUAGAAUCAUUAAAUAUUAUGGAUUACUCAUUACUUUUAGCCGUGCACAAUAUUGACAAGCUCAUGAAACCUACACCUGAUCCAAGUAAUGAAGCUGUUCUUCUCCCUCACUAUCUUUUUCGCCUGUAAAUCCAGCAAAAUCU